CCCACUCUCCUGCUUUUGGGUUUCCCAUAAGAGCGUCGAUGGCCUCUUCAACACCUUCCACGGAGACACCAAACCCUUCUCCGUCCCCUUCGUGUAGUGCUCGGGCAACGUCUUCAGGAGCCCAGCUGCAGAGGGAUGUCUUCAAAGAUAUCGUAAAGAACAGAGGCCUCGAUUCCCACUUCAAAAUUGACUCUUCUGGCACCACUGAUUACCAUGAGGGAAGUUAAUUUAGCAGACCCAAGAAUGAGGGCAGGCUCUAAAAGGCAUGGGAUUGAGAUUACAUCUAUUUCAAGGCCAAUCCGGCCGUCUGACUUCAGAGAUUUUGAUCUUAUUCUUGCAAUGGAUAAACAAAAUAGAGAGGAUAUACUGGAGGCUUUCAACAGGCUGAUAUGCUCUUAUUGUAAGAAACAUGAUGAAAUCGAAGUUCCAGAUCCAUACUAUGGUGGACCCCAAGGUUUCGAGAAGGUUGUGAUUUUUGUUUCCAUGGCAGGUUGUAGACUUGCUUGAAGGUGCAUGUGAAUCAUUGUUGGACAGCAUCUUGGUAGAGAACAGUCAUCUAAAUUCUUAAGUUCGGCAUGAAAGCCGGUCAAAUCCAUCUCGGGCUGAUUAUCAGCUGAAUAAAUAUCAAUACAUCCACAAUGUUCACCGUGGUUGGCUUAAUGGACCUCUUACUAUCCCUCUUUGUCAGUUGCCUGAUUAUUGUAUUUUGUAUAUGCUUUGCAGAUUAACCGAGUCACUGAACCUACCAGAAUAUGUAUGAAGAGAUACCAAACCAAACCAGGUGAUAUGUUUCAUUCAUAUCUAUAGGUGUUAGCUUGUGAGUUAGUUCUUGGAUGGAUCCUGAACAUGAGUGAAGUGUGAUCUAUUGGAUUAUCUAAAAAUGCAGUCAUUCGAAUAUCAAUGAUUGUUUGCUUGAUUUUCAUUAUGAAACACUAGCCAAUGUGGUGUCACAUAGCCUUGGGUUCCCCCAGUGGCCCUAUUUUCAGUUUCCAUGCAAGAGAUUUGGUCAGACUAUCAGAGGGCUUUUAGUAAAAUUCCCAGAGAAUCGACUAGGAUUAGUGAAAGGAGUUGCAAAGAUCAAACAGCACCCUUUCUUUGAAGGCCUAAAUUGGGCUCUUAUACGCUGUGCAACACCACCAGAGAUGCCAAAUUUCAGCAAUGCUGGAAUUGGUGCACCUGUUACAGCUCCACAAACAGGGGCAAACAGAGUUUGAUAUGUUUUAGCUAGAGCUUAUCAAAUAUUUGAUGGGGAUCAAGUCUCAGUUUCUGCUUAACAGUGAGUUGUUUCUGAUCCCAUUUUAACUUAUAUAAUAGCAUUGUGUAUAAAUAUAAAUGUAAUUCCUAA